AUGUCUGCACGUCUAGAAAGCAUCGCCUCUUUCCAGGCCACCAUGGCCCACAACUUCUGGAAACAGGUCUUUACCAGCGUACCCCUAAUCCCAGCACAACUGGAUCUUGCCGGCAAAACAGUCCUGGUGACAGGAUCCAAUGUCGGCCUAGGUCUAGAGAGCGUGCGCCACUUCCUCAAGCUGCGCCCGCGCCUCGUCAUCAUGGCGGUGCGAUCGCGCGAGAAAGGCGAGGCCGCGGCAACGAGCUUGCGUCCCGAGUUUCCCGGGACGGCCAUCCAGGUCUGGGAAAUCGACAUGGCGUCCUUUCAGUCGGUACAGGCCUUUGUUGCCCGUCUGACGCGCGAGCUGGACGGUCGGCUCCAUGUCGCUGUACUCAAUGCCGGGUUAAGCAAAAUUCGCUUCGAGCGCGCUCAAGAGGGCGGCCGCCACGAAAGUACCCUGCAGGUCAACUAUUUGGGUACCGCACUGCUCGCACUCCUUCUGCUGCCCACAAUGCGACCCACUGCAUCAUCGCCCGAGCCCGGCCGCCUCUCCAUCGUAAACUCCGAGGCCGCGCUCCCCGUUGACCUCGACGAUCCGGACCAAGGCGGGCUCUUGGAUUCCCUUGACCGGCCAGAAAAUUAUGACGGCUUCUCGCAGUACAGCAAGUCCAAGUUGCUGGUCAUGAUGUUUAUUGCGAAACUAGCCGAGGUCGUCAGUCCCGACGAAGUCAUAGUCAACUGUACUGACCCUGGUGCCACAAAAGGAACCGCAUUCUUUCGUGAAGUGGACUCGUGGGCGUUCAAGAUAGCGCUUCAUAUUUUGUUGGGUAUCAUGGGACGCAACAUGUCAGACGCAGCCAGGAUAUACCUUCACUCGACCGUAGUCCUGGGUAAAGAGAGCCAUGGCUCCUACACGGACUGGAUGAUUAGAGCCUGGCCGACUAUAAUGUACAGUGAGAAGGGUCGACGGCUUAGUGAAAAGUUAUGGGAUGAGACGUUGGAGGAGCUCAAGUUUGCCAAAGUGGGGGAUAUGUGGAAAAUCCUUACAGAAAUCUAG